AUGUCCAAAUUGUGCAAUACAAAACUGACAGAAAUGCAAAAUUUUUUGAAAUAUACAUCUGGAGAGUAUAGGAACAUUCGGAAACAAGCAGCGUCGAUGGCACAAGACGAUCAAAGCAAUUGUCUCGCUAGAAUCUCAUUCACGUCGUCAGAAAUUGAAACGGAGGUGAUGGUGGUCGAGCGAGGCUGUUUGUUUAUCCUGUUCACACGACGUACACAUGGAUUUAUGUGCAUCAUAUACGCUGAGUAUAUGAUAGCCAUUGAGAUGUUUGACUCACUGCGCAUUCGAACCACUGAGCCAUCUCGCCGGCCAGCAUGCGACAACUUACGUCGUCUACCCAUUAACCAACCCCGAAAGGAUGGACGACUGGGUUGA